AUGUUCCAGGGGUUCACUGUACGGUCACCCGGGUGUCUGAGGGACGGCGGAGCACAGCUCCCCGCCCGGCCCCGUGCCGUCACCCGGGCGCGUCCCGGGGCGGGGCCUGCGCCCCUGGGCCUCGGUCGCUGGGCAGGCGUGCCCCGUGUGUCGCCACUGUCGCCGACUGGGAGCGGGGGCGGAGCCGCCGCCGUCAGCCCCGGCCCAGGCGGCCUCCGAGUUGUGUUUCAGGCGCUCGAGGAGAUUGUUUCUUUGUCCCACCCAGAGCUGGCUGCUGGUUUGGAGGGUAAAGAAGAACAGUUAUUAUUGUGUCCCAAAAAUGAUUACAAGAAAAUGGCAAGUGAUCUUGGAGUUUGCUUCUUAUGUAUGUAUACCCUGAGAGCUCUGGACACCAGGCUGGAAGCAAUGGUGCUCAGCUCUUCUGCCUCCAGAGUCAAUGAGGUGCUGCAUGACAUCUUUGAGUUCUGGUCUGUGAAAAGAGUGUGUACACAGGACUGUUCCUCACCCCAGGUAGGAGGGAUUGCCCACUCCUGGGUGAAUGGUCCCCAGCCCAGUGCCAUACAGGCAGUGUGCUGUGGGAAGGGUGCUCGAUUCCCCUGGGGAAGCACCAGGGGCUCGCAUCAAGCUCUUUUGGAGUACAGUGGCUGCAGAGGAUGCCAUAUACCUUGCAAGAGGAUUGGCCUUGGGCCUUUGUCCCAGGUGUGCAAGGGACUCUUGGAGCAGGAGCCCACCAAGACUUUGCUCAAGGUGCUACUGGACUUCACCAACUCUGAAACCACUACUGUGCAGAAGAGGGUCUGGGGGAGGAUCAGGAAUCUGAGUCAUGGGCUGGCUGACAUUUCCAAAUGGGAGGCUAGCAAGGACACUGUGUUUUCCACUGAGAAGACAUAACAAGAAAGCCCCUGGAACAAUUCCAGUGGGGCAGAACCCAGGGGGAAAUUACCUAACCAACUGCUCUUCUAAUUGAACAGUAUUUCUUAGAUAUGCUAACUUGUUAAACUUGCAAAAAUUGUAGAAAUCUGGUGCCAGGUGUGCCCAUAACCAUGGGGGCACCUGGAAGCUUCCAGUGAAGACCUGGGGUUCUUUUACUGUUUUAAGACUGUUGCAAGAGUUUUCUCUUUUGACAUUAGGUAACACCCUGGGCAGAGCAACUUGCCACCACCACUUCCCCCUGCUCUUUCUGGGGCUGCACCUGCUCUGCACCAGUUGGCACAGAUGACUGGAGGAUGCGGAGGGCACAGAGGGCAGCUUCUGAUGUGCUGGGUUGGUCCUCCAUGUCUGAGCCUGCAGGGCUGCUGGCAGGGAUUGGAUGCCAGGUGGGAGCCCCUCCCUGGGAGCUGGUGGAGCUGGUGGAACUGGUGGAGCUGGUGGAGCAGGAACUGGCCUCAUGGCUGUUGUCCUCCCUGUCAGCAGCAUGGGAGCACAGCAGCCUCUGGGCAUCCUCACUGCAUUGGCCCACAAUGAAAUUGACAAUGCCGUCAACCAGGUGUUCUGUAUGUUCCUCCAGGAGAGGCUGCAGCAUCUGGACCAUGACCUCCCCGUUGUCAUGGAUCAACUGGGAGCUUCAGGCAAGCCCUGCCUUUAACUCAGAUUUUUGGCAGCGGUUUAAGUUUAGGUGGCCCACAUCUAAAAUUACUCUGACCUGAAAGUUCUAAGGAUGGGAGAUCAGGUCUAUUUGUAAAAUGAGUUAUUUAUUGAACAGACAGCAGAUAACCAAAACAAGGCCUUAAUCAGAAUUAUUUACUACAUGGUAUAAACUAAAAAGCUAAUCUAGUAGAUUACAUUAAACAGUACAUAAUAUUAUUGUACCUGUAUUAAAGCAAAGGAAAUAAUAUAGACUAGGAUUCAGAUGUCAUUUACCACUGAAAUGACAAUAGUGUAUACCAAAUCCUUUCACUCAGCCUCAGAGGAGUAACCACAAAUCAGCUGUCCCUGCUUUGGGGGAAAAUCCCACUCAUUUCCAGGGAAUGUGCAGAAGCUUUCCCAGUUUGUGAAAAUUUAGUGUAGCUUUUAUAGUUUGUAAGGUGAGGUGUCCCUCAGUCAGAAAUUCCAUCUUAUCUUUCCAGAUGUCACUACCACAGCAAGAUGUUUGUUGUCAGCUGGGAGUGUUACUCCCAUGGUGUGAAAAUAACUCAGUACAAGACAGCUUAUCACAUUUUUUUGCCAAUUAUUGAGAGACAGAUAAGUUCUUCAGGGGCAAGAUGCUCUGCUAUUCCACCAGCUAAAAGCAACAGAUAAGCUCCUCUGGGGUGAGAUGCCUUGCUACACCCAUCUGGACCACAGAGGCACAGGGCAUACGAGGCUGUUCUCACUGCCACCAUGAGGAUGCUGUAGGUCCCUGCUUAGCUGGGGAGAGUGUCCCUUGCAAAGAAGAUUGAAGAACUGCAAGGCACUGGCAGCUGUUUUCAUCCAGGAGGCCAAGAGCUCCUUCUGCCUGGAUCCAGCCCUGCGUUCAACCAGGCUGCUGGUCUCUGGUGGUUCUCCCUGGGGUGUGAUGACACAGUCUAGGUAUUUUUGUUCCUGCAGAGAAAACCUGACAGAUUCUAUCAAUCUUCUGCAGAGUGGGCACUCCGGUUUCCUCUCUGCCCAACGCAGGAUGCAGCCCAUGCAGAACUCAUGGCCACAGGGUGUCACAUAAGCAACACCCUCUUGCUCAUCAUGGCAAAUGGAGCAGCUCCACUCUGUCCCCAUUAUGGGAAUACACAAGACAGAGAGUCAAACAGACUUGAUUAGCAUAGCUGGUUUGAUAACCAAGGUGCCAUGGCAGGAACCAACAGAACUGAAAAUUACAGGAGAUGGGAUUAAACCUGCUUAUGAGGAGAGAGAAGAUUCAAUCAACUUCUGCAAGCAAAGGAUUGUUGUAAAAUGCAUGAGUUUUCUAUGUGUGAUUUUAAACCUGAUUAUUGUAGUAGAAAUUAUUAACCUGUCUGAAAUAGUAUAUAAGCUUUUGGGAAACCUGAGUAAAACCAAAUUCUGAUCACCGAGUCAGUCUUCCCAUCUCUCAAUCAGUCACCAAUACCCAUGGCUCUGUCUGUUCUCCGUGGCAGUUUGGGGAGUCCUGGAAGCUGCUCCCCAUCACUGGCACUACCAAAGGAUCUCAUACACUGCAACAAAAUGGAGAAACCUUGGUCCCUUGCUGGCCCAAGGAGGAGACAAAGAAAUGCCCAAGCCCCUGAAGAAGGAUACCCUCCUGACUCCUCAAGCCCUAGUGCCCUUCUCACUACCAGCCUGGGGAGACUCAGCCCUCCAGAUCUUGCAAGAAUGCCUGACAGCCUGUGACUUUUCUGAAAGCAUGGGAAGAUGGUCUCUGGCAGCUGAAAACAUGUGGAGACUCCCAAAUGUGAUAAACAGAUAUUGGGAAUUAAGUUGCUCAAUAUCUUUGAGGUCCUGAAUUUUUAAUUAAAUCUCUGGAGGCUGGAUUUUUCCUUUCUUUCGAUCUUUUUUGUUUUAAGUUCACUCUUGAAUCAGAAAAUGUCAUUAAUUGAAUGCAGUUUUUAUGAGGGGGAGGUUCUCUUCUUACAAAGUAAACACUGUGGACAAAAACCAAAUAUGGCCUUAACAGGCACUGCACACAUCAGCUAGGUAUGCUGGUCAAGCAUCACCUGUGCAGGUGAUCUCUAGGUGUUGGGGGUUAGAUUUGGGUUUUUUUUCUUCUCACAGAAUUUUUUCCCAUAAGUUUCCAAGAAGCCUUGAUGACUACUUAGUCAGAACAAAAGGAGUACUUGAGGGAUAUGGCAGCACGAGGCUACACCUAUUGUUUCUGAGUCCCUGGGAGUGUCCCUCAGAGGGGAGAGAUGAUGAGCUUUAGGAAAAGCAAAAAGACAGAUCUGGGGGAGGGGGAGGCACUCUUGCUCUCAGCGCCGAGGAGGACGGUCAGGCUGCCCUCUGCCUCUGUCUCGUCCUGGGAAAUCUACAGUCAUCUGCUGUGUACCCGGGAAUCCUGAACUCGCUUUCUCCAGCCUCUCCCCCCACCGCCACUGCUUCUUCGGAGCUUUGAGGUUCCCCUGCUACUCUGUAGCCCUGCACUGCCCAGCCCUGCCGGGACACCCCUGCUGCUCCAGCUGCCAGCGCAGAGCUCCUCAUCCACCAGCCCGGGACUUUCCUUCCUUCCAGCUCAGCCUCUCGGAGCCCUGCAGGGGCACCGAGAUCAAACUGCUCUGGGCUUUUGUGAAAGAAAGCCCUCAAGGUUCUUAGUUCUGUUUAUUAUUAAUGCUAUAGUUGUUUGUUUGUCAUUUUGUCAUAUGUACUAGUAAAAAACUGUUA